AUGAACCGUGAUCCUCCCCUCGCAGCCCACGGCCUCCACCAAUCCGCCCACCUCGCCUCCUACCUCUCCUCCCCCUCCCAAACCGCCCCUUACCCAACACCCGAGAUCGUCUUUUCGUCCCCGUUCUAUAGGUGUGUGCAGACGGCGUUGCCGACGGCGCAGGCUUUGGGGCUUGUGCUGGGGGAGGGGGAGGAUGGUUGGGAGUAUGACGAGCCCUUGGAACAAGAAGGGCAAGGAGAUGGUAAGAAGGGGAAAGGCAAAAGACGGUCGAAAAAGGGUCUGCACCUCGAACACGGUCUCUCCGAAUGGUACUCCCCCGUCUACCCCUCCACCGGCUUGCACCCCCGCCCCGGCCCCCCGUCCUCCCUCAUCCCCCACUUCCCCCCAGGCAGCAUCAACCCCGCCUACUCCUCCACGUAUUACCCGUCAAGGAAGGGGGAGAGCUUGAAGGAGCUGCAUGAGCGGAUGGAGGGUUUUCUGAAUGCGUGGGUGGGCAGGGUGGAGGGGGAGUAUCCGGAGGUGAGGUGUGUGGUUGUUUUUAUGCAUGCGGCGAGUUUGAUUGCUUUUGGACGGGCUUUGACAGGAGAUAGAGGGAUGGAAAUCGUAGCAGGCUGCGCCUCUACCUCCCUAUACCAACGUAAACGCCCUCCCCUCCCCUCCCCCUCCCCCUUAACCACCCACCUCCCCACACCAACCACCCCCUCCCACCCCUCCCCCUCCAAAACAAAAUUACCACCCUGCGGCACAUCCCAAUACACCCUCCUCCUCUCCGGCCACACCUCCUACCUCCCCUCGGGCCUCGAACGCGACUGGUCCUUCGCCGACGUCGUCCUAAAGCCAGAUGGGGAGGUUGUCCAGGAUAAUGGGGAUGGGGAGGCGCAUGAGGGGGAGGUUUGGGAGGAGGGGCUGGCGGGGGGAAGGGGGGAGGGGGGAUGGGGAGGUGGGUUCGGGAGGGGGAAGAAAAGGGGAGGGGGGAUGUUGGGGUUGGGGAGAGGAGGGCGAGGAUGUGAUUAUGGGAGUGUUGUACUUGUAUAUUAUAUACUGUUCAUGUAA